AGAGGAUGGAAUGGUGGAUUCAAGGCAGAUGAUCAGUCAUGAAAGGUGAAACAAAAUGAACAGCUUUCAGGAUGCAGUUGUGUCUGCAGUCGCUGGUGGAAUGCAGGUGGUACUUUCUUUAUGAAGCAAAGAAGAUGAAUGCACAGGUCCUCACUGACACUGAAAUUUUCAAAAUGGAUUCUUUGACUGUUGCAAAUACCAAAUUUGCUGUUGCUCUGUUUAAGAAGCUAAAGGAAAGGAAAGAAAAUGAGAACAUUUUCUUGUCUCCAUUAAGUAUCUCAACUGCUCUAGCCAUGGUGUAUCUUGGUGCGAAAGGCAACACUGCUACUGAGAUGGCUGAGGUUCUGCAUUUUGACACACAAGGACACGUCCAUCCAAGAUUCAAGGAAUUAAUGGCUGCUAUCAAUGACCGUGACAAACCUUAUCUGCUGAAACUGGCUAAUUGUCUAUUUGGAGAGGAAACAUACACAUUUCUCAAUAAAUUCCAAAACUCUGUAUCAGAGUUCUAUGAUUCACAGUUGGCUACUGUUAGUUUUCAAAGUCAGCCAGAAGCUGCCAGAAAAGUGAUCAAUUCUUGGGUAGAUGACAAGACUGAAGGUAAAAUCCAGAACAUCCUGCCAGAGGGAGUUAUUACUCCAUUAACAAAAUUUGUUCUUGUAAAUGCCGUCUACUUUAAGGGGAAGUGGAACAGCAAAUUCUCUAAAAAUGACACAUAUAUAAAAUCAUUCUGGCUAAACAAAAGGGAAACUAAGCCAGUAACCAUGAUGUCCCAGGAAGGAGAAUUUUACUUUGGUUAUAUUGAGGAACUCCAAACCAAAGUUCUGGAACUCCCUUAUGUCCAAAAUGAGCUAGGUUUGAUUAUCUUGCUGCCUGAUAGCAUCAAUGAUAACUCAACUGGACUGGAACAGCUUGAGCAGACACUUGCACAUGACAAGCUCCUCCAUUGGACCAACCAGGCAAACAUGAUGAAAAUUAAAGUCAAUGUUCAUCUACCCAAAUUUAAACUGGAAGACCAAUUUCACCUUGAAGAUGUACUUUUGGCAAUGGGGAUGACUGAAGCCUUUAAUCCAGCGAAUGCCAAUUUCACUGGAAUGUCCGAAACAAAUAACCUUUUCUUGUCAAAGGUUAUUCACAAGUCCUUCAUGGAAGUUAAUGAAGAGGGCUCAGAGGCUGCAGCAGCCACCGCAGCCAUCAUUAAUUACAGAAGUUCACUAAUGGAAACAAAAUUUGUCGCUGAUCAUCCCUUCCUGUUCUUCAUCAAACACAACAAAACAGAGAGCAUUCUAUUCUUUGGCCGAUUGUCUUCACCAGGAGAUGAAGUCACGGGAUUUGGAGGUGCAGAUAAAAUAAUGCAGCAGGUUCAGUGCUACAAAUAAAAGAAUAAUAGGUGGAGAAAGGAGCAAUUUUGAUUGAAAUAAUCCUCUAUUACUGCUUGGUGACAAUCUGCUAAACGGAAUGAUUAGAACUGCUUAAGUACUACUGAUUUUAUAGAAUUCAGCUGUUCCUUCUAGUUAUAUUGUGUUUGUGUAAUAAUUAUAAUUUUAAGGUUUCAAAUUUUAACAUCUUUAAGGUGACAAAAUCUUU